CACGUCUACAGAAAUUCCAGGCGGGCCGGGCUGGGCUGGGCGGGCGGAGGGGAAGGCACGGGAAAGAGAAAGGGGCGUCCUGAACCCCCCGCCCUCCUCCUUCCCUUCCCUUCCGCCGCCUCAGCCCCAGCGCCAUGGCCAUGGCCCCGGGCAGCCGCUGCUGCCUCCUCCUCCUCCUCCUCCUCCUCCUGGCCGUCCUGGGCGCCCCGGCGCUGGGCGACCCCGGCCCUUUGGAAGACGUGGUGAUAGACAGAUACUAUAUCCCCAAAAUCUGCCUGCGGGAGGCGCAGAUGGGGGAUUUCAUUCGCUACCACUACAAUGGGACCUUUAAAGAUGGCAAAAAGUUUGACUCCAGCUACGACAGAGGGGCCACGGUGGCCGGUGUGGUGGGCGUCGGGCGGCUGAUCACGGGCAUGGACCGGGGGCUGCAGGGCAUGUGCGUCAACGAGCGGCGCCACCUCAUCGUGCCACCCCACCUGGGCUACGGCAGCAUCGGCGUGGCGGGGCUGAUCCCCCCAGAUGCCACCCUGUACUUUGAUGUGGUCAUGCUGGACAUCUGGAACAAGAAUGACAAGCUGCAGAUCACCACCCUGUCCAAACCCGAGCGCUGCAACCGCACCGUGGAGAACUCGGACUUUGUGCGGUACCACUACAACGGCACCCUGCUGGAUGGGACCCCCUUCGACUCCAGCUACAGCAAGGGCAGCACCUAUGACACCUACGUGGGCACGGGGUGGCUGAUCAAGGGCAUGGACCAGGGGCUGCUGGGGAUGUGCGCUGGGGAGAAGAGGAGCAUCAUCAUCCCCCCGUUCCUGGCCUAUGGGGAGAAGGGCUACGGGACCGUGAUCCCGCCGCAGGCGUCGCUGGUGUUCAGCGUGCUGCUGGUGGAUUUCCACAACCCCAAGGAUGGCGUCUUCCUGGAGCACCUGGAGGUGCCAGAGACCUGCAAGCGCCGGGCUGUGACCGGGGACUUUGUCCGCUACCACUACAACGGGACACUCAUGGAUGGGACCCUCUUUGACUCCAGUUACUCCCGCAAUCAGACCUACAACACCUACAUUGGCAAGGGCUACAUCAUCCCUGGCAUGGAUCAGGGGCUGCAGGGUGUCUGCAUUGGGGAGCACCGGCGAGUGGUCAUCCCCCCACACCUGGCCUACGGGGAGAACGGUGCAGGGGAUAAAAUUCCCGGCUCAGCCGUGCUCAUCUUUGACGUUCACAUCAUCGAUUUCCACAACCCCGCGGACCCGGUGGAGAUCGAGACCGUGUUCCGGCCCGAGGGCUGCAAUGUCACCAGCCGCCACCGCGACUUCGUGCGCUACCACUAUAACUGCUCCCUGCUGGAUGGCACCCGGCUCUUCUCCUCCCAUGACUAUGAGAAGCCCCAGGAAGUGACCCUGGGGGCCAGCAAGGUGAUUGAGGGGCUCAACAGUGGCCUGCUGGACAUGUGUGCAGGGGAGAGGAGGGUGCUCAUCGUGCCCCCACACCUGGGCCACGGGGAGAGCGGAGCCCGAGGCGUGCCUGGCAGCGCCGUGCUGCGCUUCGAGGUGGAGCUGAUCUCCAUGGAGGAGGGCGUUCCUGAGGGCUACCUCUUCAUCUGGCACGGGGAGCCACCAGCCAACCUGUACGAGCAGAUGGACCUCAACAAGGACGGGGAGAUCCCUGCUGAAGAGUUCUCCACCUUCAUCAAGAGCCAGGUGGCAGAGGGGAAAGGCCGCCUGAUGCCCAGCUCUGACCCGGAGAAAGUCAUUGCUGACAUGUUCCAGAACCAGGACCGCAACCAGGACGGGAAGAUCACGCCCGAGGAGCUGAAGCUCAAGUCGGAUGAGGACCAGGAGAAGAUUCACGAGGAGCUCUGAGGGGCAGCCCCUGCUGUUCUGGAGACAGGACUCACCCUUGCCAUGUCAUGGCUGCUCUCCCACCCUGGGAUCUGCCCCUCUCCAUCCUGCAGGGGGUUGGGGUUUGAUUUUCACCUCCCCAGGAUCUGCCCCUGCCCCUCUCCAUCCUGCAGGGGGUUGGGGUUUGAUUUUCACCUCCCCAGGAUCUGCCCCUGCCCCAUCCCAUCCUGGACGGAGUUGGGUUUUGAUUUUCACCUUUUUUUAACUGAAGGUAUUUUGAUGUCUUCUCCUGAGCAGGAAAACUCAGCCCCCAGCUAAUAAAUCCAGACAAGAAGAUGUCCCCUCCCUAAGCCCCUUCACCUCCCACCAGUGACUGCAGGUGCAGCUCCAGCCCCUCACCUGGCUGUGCUGUAGGGGGGGAUCCCCCUCAUCUCCAUCACUUUUUUGUAGUUUAGGGUUGGGAAUUGGAUAUUUUUUAUAUACACAUUUAAAAUUCUUUAGAGAGAAGGAAGGAAAGGCUUUGUCCCAUUCUCUGCUCUGCCCCUGCUGCCAUCCUCCCUGGGACAGGAAGCUGAAGAGGGCUCAGGUUCCCAGGGUGAACUCUGCAGGCAUCUGCUGUCCCCAAAAUCUGCAACUGUGGGGCCUGGCAAAGCCCUCAUCAGCUGGGAGAAGGGAACAGCCCCCAUUGCCCAGCCCUCAGGGAGCAGCACUGUCCCCUUCACACCCUCCCACCUCCCCAGGGACUGAGACACAUCAGAGCUGUUUAAUUUCAAUGCCCAAAUGCAGGUCACGGUGCUCAGGUCCUGCUGCUGGGACCAGCACAGCUCCCAAAACCUCUGCAGUCUGUCCUGGGCAGGGACAGGAGGAAUGCAGGAGCAUUGUGCAGAGUGAACCCCUCAAACAGACUCUGCCUUGCACCAAAUAAAUCAUUCCUCCAGGUUUCCAAGGAGUUUGACUGUGUUUGGUAACUUUGCCACGAUGAAACCAUUCCCAUGUGUUGGGGUACAGGCACAGGGACCGGCUUAACCCAGGGGGAUUCCAGGCUCCAACAUCCGCUGGUUCUGGCAGAAAAAACCAAAAUUCCCACCUGGGAUCCUCCACCAAAGCCAACAGGGGUUUAGUAGUUUCAGCACCCAGUGAAGGUUGGGGGGCUCUGGCAGGAAAAACCAAAAUUCCCACCUUGGAUCCUCCACCAAAGCCAACAGGGGUUUAGUUU